UAAAUAAAAUAAAAUUUCUUCGUCAAACUCGUACGGACGGAUAUUCCGGUGUGGUUUCUGUCACACACUACCUUCGGAUCUCACAUCACACCAUACAAUUUGAUUUCUUCCUUUGAUUUUCUCUUCUAAAUUGUUACCUUCUUCUUCUUAUUCAAAUUCCCAAUUUUUUUUGUCUUACCCUAAUUUAGUUUGGUGCAAUGAAGAAGAAGCUCGAUACCCGUUUUCCCGCUUGCAAAAAUGCAGAUAUUUGUUCAUUUUAUCGUUUUUGCUGCAACAAAGAUGCCUUUAUCAUACAAAGUAUGGUUGAAAAGACGCACCAGAACAUUAUUUUUUUUACUGCAAGGUUAUAGGCUCGGAUAAAGAAGAUUAUGCAAGCAGACGAGGAUGUUGGAAAGAUAGCACUUGCAGUUCCUGUUUUAGUUUCAAAGGCUCUGGAAUUAUUUUUGCAAGAUCUUUGUGACCGCACUUAUGAAAUAACUCUUCAGAGAGGAGCAAAGACCAUGAACGCAUUGCAUUUGAAACAUUGUGUACAAAGCUACAAUGUCUUCGACUUUUUGAGAGACAUCGUUGGUAGGGUUCCUGACUAUGGGCAUGGCCAUAGCCAUUCUGAGGCUGGGGCUGAUGAUCGCGCCGUUCCAAAGAGAAGGAAAGCGGCUGCUGGGGAUGAUGGCAAUGACAGUGAUGAAGAGACUAAGCGGAGUAAGAUGCUUGAGUUGAGCCACACUGGUGGUACUGGUAGGGGAAGAGGAAGGGGUAGAGGAAGAGGUCGCGGUCGAGGGGCUCGAACCGCAGAAAAAGAGACCUUCCAUCAGCAGGUUGAAUCUGAACCAUGCACAUCUAUUCAGCAAAGUAGCAAAGAAGUCCCUGAUGCAUCCAUGGCAAUAGAUAAUGUCCCAGAACAAAAGGACUUACCGAAGGAGAAUAAUAAUGCAGUUCAUGAGGAAAGUACUCAAUCACUCCGAAACAUUGAUCUGAAUGCCAACUUACAUGAAAAUGAAGACAAACUCAAUACAGACACAACUAUUACUCAGGCCUCAUUGCCUGAACCUGCUGCAACAACAACAACGGAUAUGCAACACGAAGAAAUUCCAGGCUGGUCCCUUUCCGAUGUGGACAAGAUGGCGAUCGACACUUUGCAGCUUGCAGCAAACAUUAAUAGUAGGAUAGAAGAGGAUGAGGAAGAUUAUGAUGAAGAAGAAGGGUAACACCUUAAGGUUGAAAAGCAGGUGAUAACAGAAGAUUGAGUACAUACUAGUGCUAAAGGAAUGAACCCUUUUUUCUUUAAUUGGUAUGUCAAUGAUCUUGUGUAGGAAAAUUUAGGUUUUUCUUUUUAAUAGUAAGAUUAGCUUUAUGAACUUUUAGGCUUCAAAUGAAUGUUGUUGUAGGUGCAAUCAACCUUGCUAGUAGUACAUGAUCGAACUUUUUGGUAAAGUUUGAUUAGCAGUUGUUUUGAUUGUCUUGUUUUCUCAAGAUAUUGCCUGACAAAAUUGUUUUCUAGUUCGGUUCUACAAUCAGAAAGAAAAAAUGUGUAGUAGAGAUUCUUCUAACA